AUGGAGGAAUCGAACGAUGGAAUGUCCGAAGAAUCGGAUGAAGCGACCAAUUCCGAUUCGUUGCAUGACUUCUUCAAUUAUGACGCAGAAGAGCUCGUGGACAGCAUCGAAAGUUUGCCCGAAAUUAUUUUGCCACGGCGAAUCAAUUUGCUUGAUUAUCCUGUCGUGCAUAUGGAAGUCGAGCUGGCACGCGUUCAGCAGGGUAUGUUGUCGCCGGUGAUAUUGCUGAACAACGUCAACAACGUGCCGGAAGUGCAGGCAACGAUCGAAGUCAGAACGGAUGGCGGUAAUGAGAAUGAAGACACUGACUCGAUUCCGCUAGGGUCGAAUCCAAGCGUCGAGUCGGAUCGACAGAUCACUAACAGCGUGCCAGAAGCACAAGCCAUCAUCGAGAUCAGAACGGAAGGGAGCAAUGCAGGAGAAGACGCUGAACCGAUGCCUUUAGGUUCUGCUCCGAGUGGCGGUACGGAUCGAAGAACAACAAACAAUGUUUCGGAAGCUCCGCUAGCAAAUAACCUCAACGAAAAUGAUGACGAAGAAAUUAUUGCGAUUGGACUGGGAUCGGAUCGUCAACCCUCUGAUCUUAGUAUGGAUCAACCGGUGGUUCUUUCGGACAGUUCACCAAACCGGUCCGGCGAAAUGUUUACACCGCGAAGAAAAAAGCGGAAAAGAACUGCUUCGCCGAUAAAGGUUCCCAGUGCCUCCAUCCAUAAGAAGGAAGACGACGAAGAGGGACUGCUCUGUUCGAUCUGUCUGGAUGAGUGGACGUUGACGGGGGACCAUCGGGUGGUAUCGUUAAAAUGUGGCCAUCUGUUCGGUAUGUCCUGCAUCAAGCGCUGGAUGCAGGAUAAACCGGCCGCUAGUCGUAGCUGUGCAACGUGUAAGGCUCGGGCCACCAUGCGAGAUAUUCGCUUUAUCUAUGCGCGUUCUGUGAAGGCGGCGGAUAAUUCGCGUGAGAUAGAACUGAUGCAGGAGUUGAGCCGCGAGAAGCUGAAGGUGAUCGACCUGAAUGUGAAGCUACAAAAUGCGAACGAGGAAAUUGCGCAACAACGCAUCGUGAUUGCGACCAUGAAGCAGAAGUUUGCUGCGGUCACUCAGGGGAUGAAUGUGUUUGGUGCUCUAAAACUCGAACCAUCGACGGAACGUGUAGUCAACUACAAACUGUCCCUGGAGAAGAAUAUGGAGAUAACGCGCGAAGGGGGCAGUCGGGCGUUAGCGUACUCGGGCAAGCACCAGAUGCUGCUCAUUUCGCAAAAGUCGACCCAGCCGCUCUUUCCGGGGUUCUCUAUCCGAAUGGUGCAAGUGCCGGAGUUUACGAUCACCACUGGAGCGACCUCGAUGCUAGUAUCGUCCCGAUCCGUGCGUGACAUUGCUAUCGAUUCGACGGACGAUCUGUUCGCGUGUGCCACGAUGGAGAAGAUGGUAAAGGUUUUUUCCAUCCAAAAUCGCACAGUUCAGUGUACGAUCACACCGAACCAGGAGGAGGUACUGUGGUCCUGUGCGUUCGACAAGGAACGGCCCAAAUUUCUUUACCUUGGAGGCCAACGUGGGUCGGUGUACGUGUACGACAUUCGACAGCCAGACCAACUGUUGGAGGAGUUCCGUGUGGGACACGUGCAGCACGACUACACGGCCGUGAUAAAGAUCUGCCCAGUGGAGCCCACCUCUACGAUCCCGUGUGGUGGGUUUCUGGUGUGCAAGCUGAAGUCCGUGUGGUUCUUCGAGUACACACCGACCCAGCAGAUCGAAAGCCAUCUGCUAAACAUCACCGGUGCUUUCAACAGCAUGAGCUACAAUCCGGCCAGUGGGCUCGUUCUGAUCAGCGUGCGACCAACCGUCGACAAACCGACCACACUGGUGCUGGCAUCACUCGAGAAGCUGAACGGUGUAUUCGCGCUAAGAACGCAAAACACAUUCGAAGGAUCUCGCGUACAAACCGUCAUGUAUCGGAGUGCACAGGCCUACCUGAACGGUGCGGACACACUGGUUGUGGCUUACCAGGAGGAUCUCAAGAUGCUUUCCACUUGGUCCACCAACGGAGGGCACCGAUGGCAGCAACGUCUUCCGAUGGGCGACGCCAUACUCGAUAUUUGUCCAAUCGUGAUUCCGUCAUCGGGACAAACGUAUCUGGCCGCACUCAGCGAGAACCGGUGCCGUAUUUACCGUCUUAAUGUAGAGUGAGAUUGAGACAACCAAAAACAAAACCGGUCAGCCACCCGACAACGCGUGCACUAUCGAAACAAGACUUUGGCGGACAGGAUCCGGAACGAGUUGUACAUUUUAUUAGGGAGUGAAAACAAUAUGAAUUCCAAACUACCGACUGUAUGAUACUGACCGCGCUGACUGCCAUUUAUUCCUCGGACAAUUGUAUGAUUUGCGCGUGAAUGCAUCGCAAGGAUGAUUCGCGCUUUCUAUUGAUUUUCAUUCAACUUCUUCACAAAUAAAUGGAUA